UGGUUUCAUAGCAACAACCUCAACAUCAUAGAGCGACGAUCACAAACGACAGGCAAAAACCAGCAAAACUCAUUUAGAGUGUGGUCAAAUUCAUUUCGAUUAUAGCUUAUUUCCGGCAGUAGCUCGAUGGCAACGUCAGUUCAGCAGGAUUUCAAGAAAAGCGACCCCGACAAGUCGCUACUCUUCACGCAGGGGUUUACAACAAUGUCCAGGAAUGAAAAUGCGAAGAUAAUUGGUCCUCCUGCCGCAGGCGCACAUAGAAGUCGACCUGAUGUCAAGGAAACAUUAUUUCGUAAGUUCUACGAGCGAGGAGACCUUCCUAUUGCCUUGGAACAUGACACAAGGGGAAAUAAAAUUGCCUGGAAAGUUGAGAUAGAGAAACUCGACUACCACCAUUAUCUUCCUCUAUUCUUUGAUGGUUUGAAAGAGGUUAAGCACCCAUAUGAAUUUUUUGCGCGACAAGGCUGCCAUGAUCUUCUUGAACAUGGUGGCAGCAAAAUUUUGCCAGUUGUGCCACAGCUGAUUGUCCCAUUGCGGGAUGCACUAGAUACUCGAAACCCACAGAUUCUUUGUACCACUUUAAAGAUCAUGCAGCAUUUAGUUCUGUCUUGUGAGAUGGUUGGUGAAGCACUUGUCCCAUACUACAGGCAACUGUUACCAGUUCUGAACAUUUUCAAGAAUAAAAAUUUGAACUGUGGUGACAAAAUUGAUUACAGUCAACAGAAAAACGAGAAUGUGGGAGAUUUGAUAUACGAGACUUUAGAGAUCCUAGAGAGGUAUGGCGGAAAUGAUGCAUUCAUUAACAUUAAGUACAUGAUUCCUACCUAUGAAUCAUGCUUACUGAACUGAUUGUUUUUAAUGCCAAGGGUGUUAUGCUAUACAUUAUGUACAUACAAUGGUAAAACUGAAUUUAGUCACAAUACUGUCUGUAACCUGAACACUAUUCUGGACAUUGUGACAUAUCUUCCAUAACAAAGACGGUGGAGACAAAGAAUUCCUGGAGUAUUUUUGUGAGGUUGUUUCGGCACUUGAAUGGACUUAUCAAAUGAUGUUCAAUGCAAAACAAUACUGUUUCUGCCAAAAGCAACCACAGAAAUGCACCUGGGACAAUUAUUAUAAUCAUUUUCCACAACCUUACUGAAUCUUCACUACAGAUGAAAAACUGUGCAUUUUAGCUAUUUUAGCUAUAAAUUUUGACAUGAAUAGGUAUUGGUCAUAUUCACAGGGAUAUCUGAUGUAAUUCCAUUAAAUAGAUGUAAGGACAUACUGUUGAAAAGUGGGCCCCAAUUUUAGCUUAUAUAACAACAAACACUUUUGUUACAACAUAAGCUCCCGUGUAAAUGUUCAGCAAGUGUAGCAUUUGCAGAAUAUCAUUUAUUAAUGAAUACAUCUACUCAUCAGUAUGUGGAAAUGGCUUUUGGAAAUAUUUUAUUUUGUUCUUAUCAAAUUUUCAGUAUUGUAAGUAAGGUAGAUAUGAAAUAUUUGUAUUUUUUAUUUUGGUGGCUGAA